AUGAAUCGUGGCAUGGAUCGUGGCAUAUCGAUCGAUGUACAUAUUAGCUUUCUAGGCUUUCUAGAGGAGUCAGGGUCGCCAAACGUCCCUCACAUAAGCUUUACGACUAGAACAAUUGCCAACAGGCCACGGGUUCUCAAGCACCUUGCUGUCGUCCCUCCCUCCCGCACACUAGCUAGGCUGCCCUGUCGUCCUCAUCUCGGCCAGCUCGCCGGGCUCCCGUGCGGCGGCCUCAACGGCAGCGCUGCGGGUGCACUGAUGUCCGUGGCGCUGCUGCUACCGCUGCUGGUGCUCCUGAACACACAAAUGGCAGUUGCUAAGGGUGCCCAGGCCGCCCAGAGCGCCCAGGGCAGUGAUGUGCGGAGUGCAGUGUGCGUGCUGGUGGGGGAGUGUCGGACCGCCAUGCCCGCAUUUAUAGGCAACCAAUUUAACUCGCAGGACCGCCAUGCGGUUUUGCUGCUACUUCGGCAACUCCUCGCUGGGCUACCUGAAGUACUGGCGGUCAUGAAAGCAUGGCCCAAGCUGGCGGUCAUGAAAGCAUGGCCCAAGCUGGCGGUCAUGAAAGCAUGGCCCAAGCUGGCGGUCAUGAAAGCAUGGCCCAAGCUGGCGGUCAUGAAAGCAUGGCCCAAGCUGGCGGUCAUGAAAGCAUGGCCCAAGCUGGCGGUCAUGAAAGCAUGGCCCAAGCUGGCGGUCAUGAAAGCAUGGCCCAAGCUGGCGGUCAUGAAAGCAUGGCCCAAGCUGGCGGUCAUGAAAGCAUGGCCCAAGCUGGCGGUCAUGAAAGCAUGGCCCAAGCUGGCGGUCAUGAAAGCAUGGCCCAAGCUACGGGAUCUUGUUCAGCUAUCCAGCACAGCAGAGGAGUAG